GACUGUGAACCUUGGUUGAUGUUCAGACAGUAGCCUCGUCUCUACCACUUGGACACCGCCACAAGCUACCUGACCAUGGGUCUCUGGGAAACAUUCAUAAUUCUUGCUGGUUGUGUCGCCGUCUCCUGGCAACAGGGCACCACCACAAGCACAGACCUCUGCAACCCCGCAUGCAGGCACACGCCACUCGACGUAGCCUUUGUCAUCGACGGUUCAACAAGCAUAAGGAGAGCUGAUUUUAGUAAGGGGAUAACAUUCGUGAAGGAGUUUGUUGCCCUUCUCAACAUCAGGCCGGGUCAGGCACGCGUUGCUGCUGUUGCAUUUGCUGACAAUGUAUUCACGCAGGAUGAUUUUGGUUUUGCUGAACACACCAACCUAGCCAACUUGCAACAAGGAAUCAUUGCGAUUCGACAAAGGGGUGGGGGCACAGAGACCGGCAAGGCAAUCAAGUACGUAAGGGACACGUUCCUCCCUCAAGCCCGCGCGGGGGUGAAGAAAGUGUGUAUCGUGCUGACUGACGGCAACUCCUAUGAUGGAAGCGAGACACAUCGAGAAGCCAACCUUACCCGAGCGGCUGGGAUGGAGAUGAUUGCCAUAGGGGUCGGCGGUGUGUCCCAACAGGAGCUCAGGAACAUUGCCGGCGGCGAGAGAAACGUGUUCACCGUCUCCAACUACGGUUCCCUGAACACCAUCAAAGAACAGCUUGCCAACGAAACAUGUCAUGUGGAGCCUCCAGUAGUGGUGUGCCGUGACAAGCCUAUCGACAUCUCAUUUAUCCUUGAUGCAUCAGUGAGCAUCGGGCGUCCUGCCGUCUUCAACCAGAGUCUGCAGUUCGCCAAGGACUUUGUCAGAAAGUUCAACGUAUCUCCAAAUCAGGCGCGUUUUUCCCUCAUCACCUUUGCGCACGGCACCUAUAACAACUCCGCCUUCUACUUCAACACCCACAACAACAAACAGGGCGUCCUGGACGCCAUAUCUGCUGUUCCCUUCGCAGCUGGCGACCGAACUGACACAGGUCUCGGAAUUGCCUUCAUGCGAGUGGAACAAAUGUUGGCUCACAGACGACCCAGUGCUACCCAUAUCGCCAUUGUAAUGACCGACGGUGACUCCCAUGAACCACAGAAAACAAGCACAGAAGCAGCUCUUGCUCGAGAUGACGACAUCAACAUGUUCGCUAUCGGUGUUGGAAACAGAAUCCUGACAACAGAGCUGCGAAACAUAGCUGGAAACUCGUCUAAUGUAGUUAGGGCCACAAGCUAUAAUGCCUUGAGCACCAUCCUUGACAUUCUGGAUAACAAGAUAUGUGAACUUGUCAAUGAAUCCGAUUGUCCAGCUUAACGGUAUGAAGUGGCAGAUAUAUCGGGCAGCUGUAUACCAAGAACAGUCGGCAUUCACGUCAGUGAUCAAUAAAAUGCAUCAGCAUACUG